UUCUGGUUUUGAAGCUCAGGGAAGGCAUGAGUCAGGGGAGGGGCCUCCUUAGACGGGGAGGGCAGGAAGCUGGGGCAGGGCUCUUGAUAAGCUGUGCAAUGCUAUGCAGGCAGAGGCAAUCCAGGACAUAGAGAGGAUACCAGGAGCCUCCCGAACUCAGGCAAGUGGAUAUUCCAGCGUUGACCUCCUCCAACAUCCCACCUGCUCCAAAGAUUUAGAGCUCAGCCUGAGGUCCAUCUUUUCCUGCAUCCAGACAUGGAGCCACUACUAGGAGUAAAAAUUGGCUGCUUGUUGGCCCUCCUGGCUCUCACCCUGGGCUGUGGACUUAUUCCCAUUUGCUCCAAAUGGUUCCAGAUUGAGGCAGCUACAGGUCGUCACCGCCGGGUUCUCAGCCUCCUGGGCUGUGCUUCUGCCGGUGUUUUCCUGGGAGCAGGGUUCAUGCACAUGACCGCUGAAGCCCUGGAGGGAAUUGAAUCAGAGAUCCAGAAGUUCACAGUGCAGAACAAGACCGAGAAUGAGACGAAUUCUUCCUUUAAUGACAGUUCAUUUCUGACAGAAUAUCCCUAUGGAGAGCUUGUCAUCUCCCUGGGCUUCUUCCUGGUCUUCCUCGUGGAGUCACUGGCCCUGCAGUGCUGCCCUGAGGCCACUGGAGAAUCUACCAAGAGGGAGGAGGAAUGGAAUGGAGUGCACGGGCUUGCUUUCCAUAGCCAUGCGCGAAGACCCGCUCCUUCCCGGGGCCCUCUUCGAACCCUCAUUCUCUUGCUCUCGCUCUCCUUUCACUCAGUGUUUGAAGGCCUAGCCGUGGGCCUGCAGCCCACCAUAGCAGCCACUGUACAGCUUUGUCUCGCAGUCCUGGCUCACAAGGGGCUUGUGGCCUUCGGGGUGGGACUGCGACUGGUGCAGAUAGGCACCAAGCCACGAUGGGCCAUGUUCUCCAUGUUGGCCUUAGCUCUCAUGUCUCCCCUAGGUCUUUCACUAGGACUGGCUGUGGUUGGAGGAGACGCCGGAGGGGCACAGGGUUUGGUUCAGGCCCUGUUAGAGGGUGUGGCAGCUGGCACUUUCCUCUAUGUCACCUUCCUAGAAAUUCUGCCCCAGGAAUUAGCUGAUCCAGAUGCCCCUCUGGUCAAAUGGGCCUGUGUAGCUGCUGGUUUUGCUUUCAUGGCCUUUAUUGCUUUAUGGGCCUGAGAAAUUCCUGACAUUUCUGGUGGACCUACCAGGGGGACUACUUGCUCCCAGGAGAAACCACCCAAGUAAUCUCGAGGCGUCCUCUGUAGGGAAGAGAUUGCACCUUUUCUCCACUUCUCAGGACUUGGAACGUUUCCCUUGUUUACGCUGAGAGACUCUUUUCUGGAGAACUGGUGUAAAGACCCUCACUGCAGAGCUGAAUUGUCCCAUUACACUAUUAUGCAUAAUAACAUGUCC